AAUAAUAAUAAUAAUGUAUUAUUUAUACCCUGCCCAUCUGGCUGGGUUUCCCCAGGCACUCUGGGCAGCUUCCAACAGAAGGUUAUAAAUACAAAUUUGAUUAGCAUCCCCUCAAUACCUUUACCCAAAUCAUUUAUAAAGAUGGCCAGGAUCCAUUGUAUUGUCCAGCUAGUUCUGUAUGUGUGAGCCCAAUUUUUUUGCUGUCACAAGCCUUAUGACCCAUACAAUCUAGGAAAUAACUUUUAGUGCUCUUGUAUAACCAGGUGCUUAACUGGGAAUAGUGAAUGAUUUGCUGUUAUGCAUUGUAUUAGGGGGACCCAUUGUGGGUUUUGUUGUUUAAUUGGCUCCUACUUUCAACAUUUAUGAUGCUCCCAUACAACAUUGCUUCCAUGCUGGUAAUAGCAAUGGCCAGGAUCCAAAACAUUUCAUAGAAUCAUAGAGUUGGAAGAGACCACAAGGGCCAUCCAGUCCAACCCCCUGCCAAGCAGGAAACACUAUCAAAGCAUUCUUGACAUAUGCCUGUCAAGCCUCUGUUAAUUUACUGAUUAACAGAAUUCGUUUGAGUGAGAAGUUCAGCAUUUCCUUGUCUUUAUUACAUUUGCUUCUUGGUUUUAUGACUCAGACACUCUAGGCCUUCCUUUAGAAGCUGGUGAACAGAAUAUUGAAUUAUGUCUUGAGCAAAGGUCUUUAAGAUGUUAGUUCAUAUUUUAUUGUGUUGAAAUAAUCAUUCCUGCCACUCACCAUCUGGCCCAGGGCGGGGCCUCACAGGCCUCAAAAGGACUGCUGCCGCUGCUGGUGCUGCCCAGGACUCUGCUUUUUAACAUCUACAUGCAGCCGCUGGGAGAGGGGGUUUGGGCUGGCUGUCCAUCAGUAUGCGGGUGAUAUCCAGCUCUACCUCUCUUUCAAAUCAGAACCAGUGAAGGCGGUGAAGGUCCUGUCUCAAUCCAAGCACCAGUGUCUUCCAACGGAAAUAUGUGGGUGAAGUAAAGAAGUGUGAAGAGAUGGAAAGGAUACUUGGAUACCUUGUGCAAGAAAUUAAGAGAGCGGACAUUCCUCUACCAGAAGGAAAUGUUACCCCUGCUGCCCCUCCGUUGAAGCAGAUGUUGGAGAUUCAGGAGCAGUUGCAGAAGUUGGAGGUGGAGUUGAGAGAAGUGACGAAAAAUAAAGAGAAGCUGAGGAAGAAUCUCCUUGAGCUGACGGAAUAUACCCACAUGCUACGGAUCACCCGGUCCUUUGUCAGAAGAACUGCUGAGUUUGAGUCCUGUUUACUUACGAAUUAUGAAGAAUUCCCAACUUUAGAAACGGACCGCUUAGUGGACUACAACUGCAUGCAUAGACUUGGUGCCAAACUGGGGUUUAUAUCUGGCUUAGUUCACCGAGCAAAAAUUGAAGCCUUUGAGAAAAUGCUGUGGCGAGUCUGCAAAGGAUAUACAAUUGUUUCUUAUUCAGAACUGGACGAGUGCCUAGAAGAUCCAGAUACCGGAGAACCUAACAAAUGGUUUGUUUUCUUAAUAUCUUAUUGGGGUGAACAGAUAGGCCAGAAAGUUAAGAAAAUAUGUGACUGCUACCAUUGCCAUGUCUACCCCUAUCCCAGCACCCCUGAGGAGCGCCGAACAGUUAUGGAAGGACUCCAGGUUCGCAUUCAGGAUCUUCAUAUGGUACUGCAUAAAACUGAAGAUUAUUUACGGCAAGUUUUGUGCAAGGCGUCUGAGUCUAUCUACACCUGGGAUGUCCAAGUGAAGAAGAUGAAAGCCAUUUACCACGUGCUGAAUCUCUGCAGCUUUGAUGUCACCAACAAAUGCCUGAUUGCUGAGGUCUGGUGCCCAGUGGCUGAUCUGCCAAACAUGCGCCGAGCCCUCGAGGAAGGAUCUCAGAAUGAAAGUGGAGCGUCCGUCCCUUCGUUCAUGAACACGAUACCAACAAAGGAAACGCCUCCAACUUUGAUACGUACCAAUAAAUUCACCUCUGGAUUCCAGGGCAUUGUUGAUGCUUAUGGGAUUGGGAGCUACAGAGAAGUUAAUCCAGCUCUCUUCACCAUUAUCACCUUUCCCUUCUUAUUUGCUGUGAUGUUUGGAGAUUGUGGACAUGGCUUCAUAAUGUUCCUCUUUGCUUUGUUCAUGGUAUUAUAUGAAAAACACCCCAAACUCCUACGAUCACAAGAUGAGAUCAUGAAGAUGUUUUUUCAAGGAAGAUACAUCAUCCUGCUGAUGGGACUGUUUUCUAUAUACACUGGCCUGAUCUACAAUGACUGCUUUUCAAAGUCUUUGAAUAUAUUUGACUCCCACUGGAACAUUUCACAAAUGUUUGCUGUGGAGUGGCGUGAGGAGGACCUGAAGAAUCAGUAUUUGAUGUUAAAUCCAAAUGCGACUGGAGUGUUCAUAGGACCUUAUCCUUUUGGCAUAGAUCCGAUUUGGAACCUGGCAAGCAAUCGUCUCAGUUUCUUGAAUUCCUUCAAAAUGAAAAUGUCUAUAAUUAUUGGAGUGACCCACAUGACGUUUGGGGUCAUCUUAGGAGGAUUUAACCACUUGCAUUUCAGGAAGAAGUACAAUAUUUUUUUGGUGUUCAUUCCUCAACUUCUGUUCAUUCUUUCCAUCUUUGGAUACCUGGUUUUUAUGAUCAUCUAUAAAUGGUUGGCUUUUGGCGCGAAGAACUCUGAGUCGGCUCCCAGCAUUUUGAUUUUGUUCAUUAACAUGUUCCUGUUUCCUAAUAAGAGAGAACCGCACAUAUUUUUCGAAGGACAGAUGAUUGUACAGAAAUUUCUCCUGUCUGUUGCUGUGCUUUCAGUUCCAGUGCUGCUUUUUGGAAAACCACUUUAUUUAUACUGGUUGAACAAUGGAGGCCAAAGCAUCGGAGCAUACAGAAAAGGCUACCGGUUAGUACGAAAAGAAAGUGAAGAAGAAAUUGCUCUGUUGAUAACUCACGAUAUUGAAGAAGGAAGCAGCUCUUUGGACCACAGGCACAAAGAUGAGGAGAAAGAAGAGUUUAACUUUGCAGAUGUAUUCAUGGAUCAAGCUAUCCAUACCAUUGAAUACUGUCUAGGAUGCAUCUCCAACUCUGCUUCAUACCUCAGGCUCUGGGCUCUUAGUUUGGCCCAUACACAAUUAUCAGAAGUCCUCUGGGCAAUGAUCAUGAGAGUCGGCCUUCGUGUGGAUGCGACAUAUGGCAUCAUCCUUCUGAUACCUGUUUCAGCCUUAUUUAUGGUUCUAACAAUAUUCAUCCUUUUAGUCAUGGAAGGUCUUUCUGCUUUUCUACAUGCUGUACGACUUCACUGGGUAGAAUUUCAGAACAAGUUCUACGCAGGCGAAGGAUACAAGUUCACACCUUUCUCCUUUCAAGACAUUUCUUUACAUUGUAAUAGAUACAUUGCAUAGUUUGGCUGCUGUAGUCAGUACAUCUCUCUAGAGUUGUUUGAAAAUAAUCAUGUACCUAUUUGUCAUUCUUGUACAGUUCAUUGUAGAAAAGAACAACACUGAUUGCCUUACAAUGCAGCAAAAUAAUUUUGUAAUAUAUAACCUCAGAUUUGGAUUUUGCAAACGUGGAUUUCCUGGUAAAUAGUCAUAAAAAUGUCUUUGUUUUCCAGUCACGAGCACAUAUAAAUUGAUUUUAAAACUGA